UGUUGCGUCACAUAUAUUGCUCAGCAGAAGAUCCGCUGGCCGAAAUUUAUGGCUGCAGAUGUGUAGCCUGGGAUUAACCGACAAAACACAGACUGAUGGGAAAUACGGAACGUCAUGAAAGAGAUUGACACUGUGGGGGGCGAGAAAGAUGAAAAUUGGGUUGUCAGUGAAGAAAAUGAAGAGGAGGUUCCAAUGAGGCGUAGUUUCUCGGUGGAAGACCUCCUGGAUGAGGUGGAGAAGAUAUGUUACAAUGCCUCAGGGACAUCAAAGGUGGAGAUGGUGGUGAGGCUGUGGAAGGACGGUUUCACUGUAAACGAUGAGGAGUUUCGCAGCUACUCCAUACCAGAGAACCAAGACUUCCUGGAUGCAAUCAAGAGGGGGGAGCUUCCGGCCGAGUGGGAGAGCAGAGCAGAAGAGGAGGAGCUGGAGAUCAGUGUGGAGGAUCUGACAGAGGAAAAUUAUGUUCCCAAGAAAAAGGCUUUUCACCCUUUCAGCGGCCGAGGAUACCGGCUUGGCAGUGUUGCGCCCAGAGUAGUGGCCAGGUCACCGUCUGUGCAUGAGGAUGGAGAAUCUCCUCCUAUCCCCAUGGUAACACUAGACCACGCCCUUCCUGUUACAUCCCUGCAGAUCUGGUUGGCUGACGGCAGGAGAUUGGUACAGAGGUUUAACCUAUCGCAUCGGAUCACUGAUGUUCAAGAUUUCGUGGCGCGCUGCCAGAGGAGCUGCCCACCUUUCAUCCUGACGACAUCACUUCCUUUCCGAGAGCUCAGCAACAAAGAAUUAAGUCUGGAAGAGGCGGACUUGGCCAAUGCUGUCAUUGUCCAGAGACCCCUGAACACACAGGCUCCGUUUGGGCACUCCUGACCUAUAGGGCCCCGUAAUUCACACAACACUCCCACUUUUUCCCUCACUGACAUCUCACCAUGCCCCUGAUAGCAGUCUCAAUGCCCCCUGUAACGUAUGAUCUUUAUUUACUCUGCAGUUUGUGCUGCAUUUGAUGAUUGUUAUUUCCCUCUACAGUCUCUGUGUGGGGUUAUCUAAUGGAGAUAUUGUCUGUUAGUUACAAAAGGUGCUGCUGAGGUGCUGUUGUCGAUGCUUACUUUGUCUUCUCCCUCUGGAGGACAGUGUUUACCUGCCAGCAGAUCUCCCCAAACCCCCAAACUGCAGAAAAACUGUCAAAGCAAACCAGUUUUGUCGCCCGUACAGAUGGCCAACCAUGUGUUUCCAUCUGUCGGUAUGCUACAUGUAACCCUCCCUCCCUCCUUCCUUCCUUCACGAUCGCACACAAUGCCACCACCAGCACCGCCAACCAACUCUCUAAAGUCUUCCCAAACUCUGAACACCACUUUUCUGCACUAUUUACAGUUAAACAAGCAGCUAAUACUUCAAUUUGAAGUUUACAGUUAUAUUUAUUGAACAUAUGAUAUUUUCUUUGGACAGGAUUAUGAGAAAAAGAAAAGAGAUGACAGCUUGUUAUUUAUGUUGGCCUGACUGUUUAGGUCUAUUAGUUGUUAUGUCAUUUAUUGUGAGCACUUGACUUUGCUUUUGCAGGAAGAUGUAAUUCAGAGUGUACACUGUAUUCUUUCAUUUGACUGCACCAUUUAAAGAAAUAUCACCUAUCAAAGUACAAUAAAAAACCUUCUUCAAACUUC